AUGGAUGCAAAGUACACAGACUGGAACGAAGAUCUACAAAGCGAGUUCCAUGCGAUUCUCGUCGAGAUAAGCUUCCCGAAAGGAGCAGCAGGUACACCGUACCUACAGGACAUUCAAGAUGUGCAACGGGAAUAUGUACUCAAGAUGUAUGCAGUCCGAUCUCUACCGUGUCCUCUGCAGGAUCCCGUGGCCAGCAUACCACACGACGUGAAGAAUGUAGGAAAGCCUGGUACGACGACAGUCCUGUAUACUGGCACUGGUCCUAUGGAGGAGGGUAGUACCGACCGUGGAGAUACCCGACAAUCCGGGAAUUCUCGCGAUUAUCUCUGA